AUGGAAUUCUCUAACCUUUCAGAUUCAUUAGAAAAACUACCUUUUAUCAAGACUGUUGCUGGUCCAUUAGAUGGAGACUAAUGGAUUGAAAGACUCAAAGAAGAAUACACAGUUCUCAUUCAAUAUAUCCAGGCUAAUAAAGAUGAUGAUCACGACUGGUUUGAAAUUGAAUCAAAUGAAGAUGGUACUAAAUGGACUGGCAAAUGCUGGUACAUUCACAACUUUAUCAAGUACGAGUUUGAUUUACAAUUUGAAAUUCCAGCAACAUACCCAUCAACACCAAUUGAAAUGGAGCUGCCUGAGCUAGAUGGCAAGACUCAUAAGAUGUAUCGUGGAGGAAAGAUUUGUUUAGAUAUACAUUUUGCACCAUUAUGGCAAAAAUAUUAACCAAAGUUAGGUAUAGCUCAUGCUCUAUCAGCAGCUCUCGGUCCAUGGCUUGCUGCUGAGAUUCCAGUACUUGCUGAAUAGGGUGUUGUUAAGCCUUCAUCAUGA